AUGGGACGCAAAAAGAUCAAGAUCCAGCCAAUUCAGGAUGAGCGAAACAAGCAGGUUACGUUCCUGAAACGUAAACAUGGCUUGAUGAAGAAGGCUUACGAACUCAGUGUCUUGUGUAAUUGUGAAAUUGCAUUAUUGAUUUUCAACACCAGUGGCAACUUGAUACAAUAUUCCAGCAGCGAUAUCGAUCAAAUCAUGAUGAAAUAUACAGAGUACACUGACCUUCAUGAAACCAAAUCAAACCUAGACUUUAUCAAUAAUGAAGAUGGCUGGGAAGAAGGAGAUGAAACUAUAGAACACGAGCCAGAGACGCACAAUGAAAAGGAUCAGAGCGUUAGAAAAAAGACAUCCCCUGCUCCCCACCUCACCUCCCGCCCUCCAGUUGCGAUGACACAGCAGGAAUUGCCCCAUCCAGUAGAACAGCCAAAUCAGCCAUUACAGUCUCUACCGCUACCUCCUCCGAUGCUACCCUUUAGAGCGCACGGAGACCCUUCUUAUGCCUAUGUCGCACCGCCUCCGUCGUUCUCGGAUAACAGCUACGAUAUUUUUUAUGCUAUUAAUCCAAAUUUUGUGCCUCCCAAUCCAUUUUUACAUCAGGGGUACGGUAGUGUGCCUGCAAUGCCACCGCUACCACCGUCACCAGCACCACUACCACAGCCAUACGCUUACGGCUAUGCACCUGUAAUGAAUGGGUACAUACCGGCACCCACAUCUAACAAUCAUCCAAUACCGUAUUAUCAGCAAGUACCAUUGCAAGCACAGGGGCAUUUGGUGCCAGUACCACCACAGCAAGGCCCACAGCAGCAAGGUCAAAUGUCUACACCUAUGCCGCCACAAGAGAAGCUGUUACAAGCUACCAGCAAACGGCCUCCUAAUUUACGAGUAGAAAUACCCAAAAAUGAUGAUCAUGCAGAAACACAAGAAAAACCACCAGAGCAACAACCGUACUCGUAUCAGCCACCAUCAGCGUUAUUUCCACCGCCCUCUGCUCUGCCAUCUCAAUUUGCUCGUAAUCUACCAUCGCCAUCUACAUUUUACCCAGAAUUCUAUACACAUCACAAUGAAUUACCAAGCCCACUCUUCUUUGUAACUACACCAGUAGCUGGAGCAUCGUUUCUGUGGCCAUCAAGAAAUUCGUCUAUAAGCGGGCCUUCACCUUCGUCAGGUGUAGCAGGGUCAGGGGGAGGUCCAGAUUACAAAUCAUCGCCAUUAGCGAAAAGAAAUGAUACCAAGACGCCAUUAGCAAAGAGAAAUCAUGGCUCAAUAUCCGGCAAUGAUGGAGCUGGAGGAGGAGGAGGAGGAGGAGGAAGGGAUUUCAAGAAAUCCAAAUUAUCAGAGUAA